AUGCCUCGAAGUUUCGCCAGAUCAAAUUCUUGUGUAGACAUCGAUUUCACUUUACGGAGAAAGUUCAAGAAAACAGCGUUCAGACCUCUUCAACGUGAAGUCAUUGUUGCGGCAUUAGAUGGUCACGAUGUUUUCGUACAGGCGGCUACGAGUUUUGGGAAGAGCAUGUGCUUCCAGUUGCCGGCCCUCAUAGAUCAUGGAAUCACCAUUGUCAUUUCUCCGCUGCUGUCUCUAAUGACCGACCAAGUAAAUGCAUUGAAAGCAUCAGAUAUAGACGCUGGUUCGAUCAACGGGAACACACCAUAUGCCGAAAAGCAAAGACUCCUGCGAGAUCUUGCAACCGGUCACCCUUUUACUCGACUUCUUUACGUGACACCUGAACAAUGUGCGACAGACAGCUUCAAGAGACACUUAGGAGUCGUCUAUGAGCAGCGAGAACUAGCACGUAUAGCCGUUGAUGAAGCUCAUUGUAUAUCUGAAUGGGGUCACGACUUUCGCCCGUCGUUCAAACAGCUCAAGUGGUUCCGUCAGAAUCUACCUGACGUUCCUAUUAUUUGUCUCACUGCGACUGCGACUCCAAAAGUGCGUCAAGAUGUCAUUACCACACUCGGUCUUUCGGAAGCAAAUCUCAAAGUCUUCACAAUGACUACGAGUAGAAAGAAUAUACACUAUGAGGUAAGGUUCAAAUCAGACGAAGAGGAUCAUUACAGUGACUUCUUGCGAUGGCUUAAAGGCAUACACAAACGCCGUUCAGAAAACCCUGCACGCCGAGCUGAGCUCGAAAAGAAUAAUGAACGCCUUGAUAAUGUAUCGGGUAUAAUCUACACCCUCUUCCGAAACGAUUGCGAAGCCCUUGCCGCACGUCUCCGCUCUGAUGGAAUAGGUGCCAAACCCUAUCACGCAGGUCUUCCCAACGACGAAAAGAACGAAACGUUGCAUCGUUGGGUAAACAACGAUAAAGGUUACGAUGUGGUUGUCGCAACCACCGCUUUCGGCAUGGGAAUCGACAAGGAAAACGUCCGAUUCGUAGUGCACUGGCAAUUGCCAAAGUCUUUCGAGGGCUUUUAUCAAGAAGCUGGCAGGGCGGGGCGAGAUGGAAAGGCGAGUGCUUGUGUGCUUUACUACAGCAGGGAGGACCGAGAUAGGGCGUACAGUCGACUCAGCAAAGAAAAGGAUAGUAGUAAUCUCGAAAGUAGACUUUCCAGCUUACAGGCAUUGGUCAAAUAUAGUGAGGCUACGGAUACCUGUCGGCAUCAGAUGAUCUGUGCGUAUUUUGGAGAGAAGGAAAUACCGGAGUGUGAAUAUGCUUGUGAUUGGCAUAAAGAUGCGAAGGCGUUGAGGAGGGCUAAGGAGAUGGGGCUACAGUCUGAGGAUUGGGUUAGUACGCAGAGGGACUUGGGGAGGUUUGAUAGGGGGUAUGACGGGUACGACUGA